AGGCUGUGGGAGUCAGACUGCGCGUUUGCACCUCACUCUAGAAGCAUCUUGGACCUGGAAGAGGACGCAAAGACGAGACCUGACGCAAAGAUGCCACUUUCAAGCAGCUCCACGUCCUCUUCCAAGAGCUUUCGCAGAGCAGCGUCCGAGCUGGAGAGGUCAGACUCCGUCACGUCACAACGCUUCCUGGGUAGACGACAAAGCUUGAUCGAUGACGCACGGAAGGACCGCGAAGCGGCCGCGGCAGCAGCCGAGGCAGCAGAGGCCAGCGAGCAGAUUGUAUUUGAGGAGGACGGCGGACGAGCCCUUCUCAACCUCUUCUUCACUUUAGCAGGCAACAAGACGCCUGUCCUAUCGAGGACUCUUAAAGUUUUUGAGACAUUCGAAGCAAAGAUCCAUCACUUGGAGACACGGCCGUGCCGCAAACCCAAAGACAACCUGCACAGCCUGGAGUACUUUGUACGCUGUGAGCUGCACCUUUCAGAUGUCAGCACCCUCAUCAGCUCCAUCAAAAGAAAUGCGGAAGAUGUCAAGACCACCAAAGAAGUCAAAUUUCACUGGUUUCCAAAGAAAAUAGCCGACUUGGAUAAAUGUCACCAUCUGGUCAACAAAUUUGAUCCAGACUUUGAUCAUGAUCAUCCUGGUUUCACAGACCCCGUCUACAGACAGAGAAGAAAAAUGAUUGGAGACAUUGCCUUCGGAUACAGACAAGGGGAGCCAAUUCCUAGAGUGGAUUAUACAGAAGAGGAAAUUGGCACAUGGCGGGAAGUCUUUUCCACCCUGAGGGACCUGUACUCCACCCAUGCCUGCAGUGAGUACCUCGAGGCCUUCCGUCUGCUGGAAAGGCAUUGUGGGUACAGUCCAAACAACAUUCCCCAGCUGGAAGACGUGUCCCGCUUCCUUAAAGAGCGCACUGGCUUUCAGCUGCGUCCAGUAGCGGGUUUGCUCUCGGCCAGAGACUUCCUGGCCAGUUUGGCAUUCCGGGUGUUCCAGUGCACCCAGUACAUCCGACACGCCUCCUCUCCAAUGCAUUCCCCAGAGCCCGACUGCGUCCAUGAGCUUCUUGGCCAUGUGCCUAUGUUGGCAGACCGUACAUUUGCACAGUUUUCCCAGAAUCUUGGCCUGGCUUCGCUUGGUGCUUCAGACGCCGAUAUUGAGAAACUAUCCACACUUUAUUGGUUCACUGUGGAGUACGGCUUGUGCAAACAAAAUGGUGAAGUGAGGGCUUACGGCGCUGGACUACUUUCAUCUUAUGGAGAGCUUGUGCACUCUCUCUCUGAUGAACCGGAGACAAGGGAGUUCCAUCCAGAAGCCGCAGCAGUGCAACCCUACCAAGACCAAACCUACCAACCCGUUUACUUUGUUUCAGAGAGUUUUUCUGAUGCAAAGGAGAAAUUCAGGACAUACGUUGCUGGUAUCCACCGCCCCUUCUCAGUGAAGUUUGAUCCAUACACCAGCAGCAUCGAGGUCCUGGACAACCCCUUGAAAAUCCAAGGAGGCCUGGAAGGAGUAAAGGACGAGCUGAAGAUGCUCUCGGAUGCACUCAGUGUUUUGUCUUGAGAAAGCACCAUUUCUCGCUCAUACCCGCUAUUGUUUGCUUGCUCUCUGCUAUGUUCUGCAUCGUUGGAGCUAGUAUGUGUGAAUUAUUAUCAUAUAUCGAGGACAUUGGAUGGCCACUGGACUGUUCACGUUUACACCCCAUCAUCAGUUCAUGCUAAAAGACUCAAUACCGUAGGACGGUGCGGUAUAUCUUGUUUAUGGUUGGUGAGACAUGCCCCAACAAGAGUGGUGUCACUCUUUUCGGAUGCAAAACAACAGUCGUUCAGAUAAAUGGGUGUUAAGACCUCUGCUAUGAAAGUCGUUUGGCUGGUAUCACCCUCGUUAGUAUUCCAUUCAGCCAAAAAUGCCUGUGCUAUGUUUAUGUAUUAGAGGCUUAAUUUACAUGGAAGGCCUCCCCCUCUGUUCAGAGAUGUUUUGACAUAGUUUCCAUGCCUUUACUCCAAUUUCAAACCACUUGUCUGUCCUAUCCAGAAUAUGUACAAAUGGUGUUUUUCUUUAAGGUCCGUAUACACCACAGAUUUUCAAUUCAAUUGUUUUGAGGGCCAUAUUUCCAGAAAGCUGCUGUACCUCUUACACCAGCAGCUAAAACAGGAUUCUCUGCAGUAGACAUUUGAUAUUGGUCUUUUCAUUUUGCCAAAGUUACAGAAGCGCUUUUCUGUUUUUAAGGACCUUCUACAAAAACAUUAGUCCAAUAUCACCUUUAUAACAGUACUCUAGUGUGAAUCUGCUGAAAAAAAUGAAGUCUCUAACAAGUUCUUUGAACUGCACUCGCAGGCCAAAAGUUGAAUAUCCCAAUUGAUGAAAAAAAAAAGGCCCUAAAAUAGAACCUUGUGGAACACCACUAGCAUAACUACAAAGUUGAACAAAUGAGUACUGACUGCAUCAAAAGUAAACAAGCUAUAGCAACACCUUAGUUACAUAUAUAACAGAAAGAAAAAAAAAACUGCAUAAAAGGAGAGGACUUAAAGGGGUGCCUUGAGGGACGCCUCAUUUAUGUAGAUCACAUGUUUGGACCCCAGUCUUCUAUGUUUGCUAGCAGGGUUCAAAUGUCAAUGUAAAAAUCUUCCUUUAUGGAACAGGAAUUACUCUAGAGUUUUUAGGAAUUUGCACCAAAAAUACUUGUUUCCUAAGUUUUGAACUAAACUCCGGGGUCUGUAUGGUGUCAUUAUUGGCCCCACGGGAUUGCCAGUUGAAUAACACUAUCCUGCACCAUCCUCUCAGACUAGAGCUGUCCUAUCUAGCCGAUGAGAAUUAACUACUAAGAUAAAACAAACGGAACAGUCCAAUUGCAAUCAAUAUGAUGUCCUUUGUGCUGUAUGUUCAUCUUUGUUCUGUACCUCCACUAAUGAAUUAUCAUCUCCUUGUAACUGGUCAACAAGAUGACAACCUGUAAAACCUCAGUGUUGACAUUCAAAAUGAUGUUUCAAAAAAUGUUUAGUCAGAGAAAGUGUCAUAUUACAAGUGAAAAACUAAAUCCAAUGUACACUUUUUAUUUAUUUAUUUUAUAAUCAGACUUAAACAAAUGUCCAGUCAGAGUAAUUGGUAUUGUAUAUACUGAAAUCUAUUUUAAAUGUAUCAAUGGGGGAAAUAAAUGCUGUAUGUGAAUUAAGUGCUUGGGCUUUUACCAGUUAAUAAUAACCAUGUAUGUAUUUUUUGCCACGUAAAUGCUUGAUUAAAAAUAAA